AUGGCCCCGAACUCUGCCCCGAAGCCAUCUCGGAAGAGCUCGAGCAAUCACAGAUCGACACUGUCUCUCCAGAGAACCGAGGUCAAGAUUCACGUAUAUGACUUGCUUCCGCCCGGCAAGAUCUCCACGUUACUAUGGGCUAUCGGCAGCUCCCUCCUGCACUCCGGCGUUGUGAUAAACGGCAGAGAAUACGCAUACGGAGGACAUGAUCAGCCUGGUGUGAGUGGAGUAUAUUGGACACGACCGGGAGAAGAACCCCCAGGCGGCACCUUCAGACAAGCCAUUGUACAUGGCUUCUCAUUCCGGACCGCCGAGGAGAUGGAUAGUAUAAUUCAGGAAGCCAUGCAGAGAUUCCAAGGGACAUCAUACAACCUCCUUACAAUGAACUGCAACCAUUUUACCUCGUACCUUUGCCAGCAACUCACUGGCCGUCCAGCUCCCAGCUGGAUCAAUCGCGCCGCUAGUAUAGGCGUCGCUCUGCCAUGCGUGGUACCACGGGAAUGGAUAGACCCACCGGACUACGUUACUGCGAAUGGAGAGCUCCUUGACGAGGACGUUGAGGACGAGAGAUCGUCUAUGCUUCGAGGUGAUCAGAGGCGGCAGCUUCGAAUAUCUCACGAGGUCGCCCAUGAUGAAAUGGGCCCAACGGAUGCGAUACCUGGUAGUAGUUCUGGAAGUGGUCGACGAAGCAAGGAGGGGCAUACGCGUCAGUCAUCCCGAAAUCAUGCGCCCAGGCUGGCCAAGGUCAAGAUUACGGAUUCUAGUGGUAGGCCCCUUCCGCCGGCGGAGAGAGCUCCGCCGUCACGAGGAGCAAGAUAA